AUAGGAACAAGAAGCAGAGAGCUAUAAGCCAUUUCUGUUUUUAGAUCUGUCUGAUAAGCAUGGUUAUUCCAGGGCUUCAGGACAAGGAGGUGAAAAUGUUUUAUCCUCCAGAGGAACUGCAGAUGGAUGCACAUGUUCCUGAUUUUAACUCAUAUCUUGCAAUGUACAAAAAGUCUAUUGAGGAGCCUGAAGAGUUCUGGAAGGAGGCUGUUCAGGAAUUCUACUGGAAGGCAUCUCCCACCGGCCAAAUGCUGCAGUACAACUUUGAUGUCAGCAAGGGUCAGGUUUACAUCAAGUUCAUGGAGGGAGCCAAGACCAACAUGUGUUAUAACGUGCUAGACCGCAAUGUGUUUGACCACAACCUUGGCGAAAAAGUUGCAUACUACUGGGAAGGAAACUCACCUGAUCAUCACAUGACCAUUACAUACAGCCAGCUGCUGAAACAGGUGUGCAAGUGUGCGAAUGCUCUUAAACAGCUGGGGGUGAAGAAAGGUGACAGAGUCGCCAUUUACCUGCCAAUGAUCCCGGAGCUCGUGUUCACCAUGCUGGCGUGUGCUAGAAUCGGAGCUGUACAUUCGAUUGUGUUUGCAGGAUUCUCUUCAGACUCUCUGGCCGAGAGAAUCGUUGAUGCCCAGUGUAGCGUCCUGGUGACCGCAGACGGCGUUUACAGAGGGGAGAAGCUGAUCAACCUAAAGCAGAUUUCAGACGAGGCCUUGAAGCACUGCCAUGAAAAAGGCUCAUUGACAGUUCAGAAAUGUCUGGUUGUAAAGCAUUAUGCCUUCAGAACCACCGAUGCCUGCAGUAAGCUACAGACACCGUGGAACGUGAAGUGUGAUGUAUGGUGGGAUGAAGUGGUGGAUACGGCAUCAGAACAUUGUGAACCUGAGUGGAUGGAUGCUGAAGACCCUCUUUUCAUCCUCUACACCAGUGGUUCUACAGGCAAACCCAAGGGAGUCCUGCACACAAUCGCCGGCUACCUGUUAUACACAUUCCUGACAUUUAAAUAUGUCUUUGAUUAUCACCACAAUGACGUGUACUGGUGUACAGCAGACAUUGGCUGGAUCACAGGUCACUCCUACAUCACGUAUGGCCCAUUAGCCAAUGGAGCAACCAGUGUACUGUUCGAAGGCAUUCCAGUGUACCCUCAUGUGGGCAGGCUUUGGGAGAUCAUAGAGAAGUACAGAGUUUCGAAAUUCUACACAGCACCCACUGCCAUCAGGCUGCUCAUGAAGUAUGGCAGAGAGCCACUGCAAAAAUAUGAUCUGUCCAGUUUACGGGUGCUGGGCACUGUGGGAGAGCCCAUAAACCCAGAGGCCUGGUUCUGGUACUAUAAUGUUGUGGGGCAAGGGAGAUGUCCUGUAGUUGAUACCUUCUGGCAGACUGAGACGGGGGGUCAUGUUCUAACUCCGCUGCCUGCUGCCACACCACUGAAGCCUGGCUCUGCUACUUUACCGUUUUUUGGCGUACAGCCCAGUAUCCUGAAUGAGCAUGGAGAGGAACUGGAGGGAGAGGCUGAAGGCUACCUGGUCUUUAGAAAACCCUGGCCGGGUAUUAUGCGGGGCAUCUACGGAAAUCAAGAACGUUUUCAGAACACUUACUUCAAAAAGUUCCCUGGGUUUUAUGUGACCGGAGAUGGCUGCAGAAGGGACAAGGAUGGCUACUACUGGAUUACAGGCAGGAUAGACGACAUGCUCAACGUUUCUGGUCACUUGCUGAGCACAGCUGAAGUGGAGGCGGCGUUAUCGGAGCAUUCUGCAGUGGCUGAAGCGGCCGUUGUGAGCUGUCCUCAUGCCGUGAAGGGCGAGUGCAUCUACUGCUUCAUCACACUGAAAGACAGCAGAGAGUUUAACCACACACUCAUGGAGGAGCUUAAGAGAAAAGUGAGAGAAAAGAUUGGACCCAUAGCCACGCCGGAUUUCAUCCAGAAUGCGCCGAGCCUGCCCAAAACUCGCUCAGGAAAGAUCAUGCGGCGUGUUCUGAGGCAGAUCGCCCGUAAUGAGAAGGACCUGGGUGACCUUUCCACUCUGGCUGAUCCCAAAGUUGUAGAGGUGCUUUUCAGCCAGAGGUGCCAAGCAGCAGCAUGAUGAAAGUGACAAGUUGCUUUAAUACCCUGUGAUGCCACUUCCAACUUCCAGCUGGUCUUGAAACAGCUUUAAUCAAAGCAUUCUUUUGGAUUAUAGGUUUUGAUUCUGACCCCAAUUCAGAAAUGAGCACAGCAGGCUGGCAUUUGAGUCCCGGCAUUACUACAGAGGUCCAGAAAAGCUUAAUUGUCCUUGUAAUCCUUCAGAAAACUAUCCAGUUAAUGGUACCAGUUUGUGUACACAGAAUGGGCAGUCAGUGUUUAGCGCUCCAAAAAUUGAUAAUACAUGACGGGCAGUUUGGAAAGAUGCAGUGGCUCAAGAGAAAUCUCUUUUUGAUAGCUGAGACUUAGGGAAUAACCAAGUUUUGACAGUUUUUUGCACCAAAAUGUAUUAACAGUAGGUAUGUAUGUUUUUCUGUAGGUUAAAUUUGUGGUAAUGCUCAAUACCUAAAUGUUUUUGAUGUUUUUGGUUUUAUGAUUUGCUGUUUUAGGGCCGUAAAACACUAUUGAAUAGUUUAUUUGCUAUGUAAAUAAAAUUGACAUUACUGUUUGUUCAGACAAUGAACGGUUUAUUGUACUAUGCACAUCGUAAUAAAUUAAGAUUAAAAGGAGUGUGGGUAAACCUU